AUUUCUUGCGUAGCUUGAGGCUGGCUUUCAUCAGAAGACGAGCCGAGCUCUCUUUUCCACUCCUAUAUCUUGCUGGCUUGCGCUUGGCCCCAAGAGGUCUUAAACCCUAUAAACCCUUCCAAUGAGACGCUGCUCAAGGCCAUGGCGCUCGCUAAACCCUCUGGGCUUUACCCCUGCACCCGCUCUCUCCCGCAGGCGAAGACCCGGAGCUUCCCCUCCCUCCUCCAGCCGAAGCUUCAUCCCUCCCCGAACCCCUCGCUAAAACCCUUCGACGCCACGCCCGGCCUCUCCCUCGUCUCCUCUUCGGCUCCAGUGCUCCAUCUCCGGCCCCGGCGCGGUUUCCGAGCUCCUCCUCGGGCUUCCUCCGACCCAUCUCCCUUGGAAGAGAGCCCACAGAAAGAUGCCACCAGCGAGUAUGGAUUGCUUCGGCGUGCAACGCUGGUCGGCACCGCAACAGUGGCAAGCAAGAUUCUGGGGUUACUAAGAGAGAUUGUCUUGGCUGCUGUUAUUGGAGUGGGUCCUGUAGCGACUGCAUUUAACCAUGCUGCAGUGCUUCCCAGGUUUUCUUCAUCCUUUUUGGGAGAAAAAUGUGCAGGUGUAAAUGGUCCCAUUCAUAUCACAGUUGCCACUACAUUGAGUAAGCUUUCGAAGGAAAGUAGGAGGCAACUGACUAGAAAGAUGCUUAACAUAAUGUUUCUGAUUGGAGGUGCCUUUUCUGCUUUGACAUACAUUUAUGCAGAUGAAAUCAUUUCUCUUACUGCACCGGGUUUACAGGUAUUGGCACAGGGUAAUCUCAUUAGAGAAAUGGCCAUGAAUCAGCUGAAGCUGAUGACUCCUUGCAUUCUUGUUUCUGGUUCGAUGGCAGUUGGCUUUGGUUGUCUAACUUCAGAAGGAGAAAAUACUUAUCUUGCAUUGAGCCCUUCUAUAACAAGCAUUGCUGUAAUUGCAUCAUGUGCUGUAUAUAUCUUAAUGAAGGGAUCGAGUUCUUCAAGUCUAAAUUCUCCAUUAUUAGGAGUGUUUAUAUCUUCUGGAGCUUCAGUAGGAUCCCUUAUGCAGUGGAUUAUCCAGGUCAUGAUCCAUAAAAAUUCAGAACGUGAAACUAAAUUUAUUUCUUGGAUGGACUUUUUCAAUGACAAGGAUGUUCAUAAGUUAUUCGCCUUAAUGCUUCCUGCAACACUUAGUUCAGGAUUGGUCCAGAUAACAUCUCUUACAGAUCUUUAUUUUUCAUCAUUUAUCCCUGGUGCUGCUGCAGGUCUUUCCUAUGCACAUCUGCUGACAAUGGCUCCACUAGGCAUAUUUUCUAGUACACUAAUUUUACCUCUUCUGCCUACUUUUUCAAGGCAUACAAAGCCUUCCUCGUUGGCAAGUCUAAAGGAGAAUCUGCAAAAAGCAAUUGUACUUUGCAUGGUGAUCAUUUUGCCAAUCACAUGCACAAGUUGUGUGCUGGCAGGGCCGGUUAUAAGUUUGUUAUUUCAGAGAUUCAAGUUCGACUCCUCUGCUAGUUCUUUUGUUUCAUCCUUACUGUUGUGCUAUUCAAUUGGUUCACCCUUAUGGAUCGUUCGAGAAUUGUGCGCUGUAGUAUUCUACUCGCUUGGGGAUGGUAACUGCCCAUUGCUCAUUAAUCUGAUUGCUAUAUUUAUGAAUGGCAUCCUCGAUUGGCUUUCUCUUUCUGUUUUUGGUCUUGGAGCUCAAGGACUGGCACUUUCAACAUCAUGUGUUUCUGCUUUAUCUGUCUUGGCACUCUUGCUUCUCCUCUCAAACAAGCUUGGAGGAAUAAUUAACAUAAGAGACAUGAGGGGUCCUUUUCUUUUGCUGCUUAUAUGUUGUGCCAUUUCAGGAUUCACUGCAAUGUUCUCUUAUAGAAUGCUGCAAUUCUUUCUAUCAACUAUCUCAAUCUUAAGGUUGUUCGGGCUUACUGAACUCUUGUCCAUUUUGCUGGCUGGCAUUCUGGGGAUGUCUGCAUUUUACUUGCCCCUUGUCUUUGCUAAGUUCGCUGGAGUAUUCUUGGUUGAUUCUCUCUGGACGACAUUGUUAAACAGAUAGGAUCCAUUUAUUUACUCAUAGCUAUAUAAUUAGCCAAAGCAUAGAUCUUGAGGACUUCCAACCAUGCAUACCAGACAUUGAAUCCUCCAUAAAAUGAUUCCCUCUCUCUCUCUCUCUCUGUGUGUGUGUGUGUGUGUGUGUGUGUAAAAGAUGGAGAACCUGUCAACCAUUUCAUUGAGAGAACGAAAAAAUGUACAUCGGAUGGGCCAGAAAAGGCUUUUAUAUGAAAGUAGCGGUGGAACAAGGGAAGAAAUUAAGCGAGUGCUUAGCUAAUAUAUUCCUAAGCUGCUUCUCAUCUAAAAGUUGGAAGCAAGUAUUUGUAUGAGACAGAACUACGUUAUAGCCUCGAGCCUAUUGACAUUUGAAGUUUCCUGGCAAAAGGGAAUCUCUCGCUUAUGUCAUUGAUUUCUUUCAUUCAAGUAGGACAAUCAUAUUGGAAAGUCUGAUUUCCAAAAUUCCUGCAUUGUACUCACAUAAAACAGGUCUGGCAGGUGUUAAGCAUCCAAGAGCUAUACAGAGAUGGACGGCAUGGUUGUGCUCAUGUAAUGCAUGUGAGAAGAUUUAUGGAUGGCUGUGCUAUGCAAAACUCAUUUUUCAGGUAAUUAGAUAAGAAACACUCCUAAUUUUGGCUACUACACUUAUCUUAUUCUCUGUAAGACCAAGAAUCCAUCUAAGAUAAUACCCUUGCUAUAAGAUGUAUCUUUGGAACCAAGUUUAGAUUAUCGGGACAUGCUUGGGCCAACGGAGGAUGUAUGCAUGCUCUUUUUUCUUCUUUGUAGCUUAAUCUAGUCGGACUCAGGAGAUUGUGACCAAAUUGUGAACCAUUUCCAAGGAUCAGUCAUAGCAGAACAGAUUAAUGCAAUGCCUUGAAAAUUUACUGUUUCAAAUGAUAGAAUUGGUUUGAUGCAACAACCGGAAACUCUAGCGAAUCGGCAAUCCAUUUGAAAAUGUUUUACCCCAUGUUUUACUUGCUUUAUCCUCUUCGAAUCACUACUGGAUGGUUCUUCUGGCUGAAUCAUCAGAUGCUCAUCAGCUAACUGAACAUUAUAACUGAAUGCAAGCCAUUCUUUGUACACCA